AUGCUUUAUGCUUAUAAAGAACCAUUGGCAAAAUUAUGGAAGGUAAAUAAUACGAAAAUACCUACACUAUUGCGUCAUGAAAAGAAUUUAAUGAUAGUAGAUAAACUCCUACAGCCAUUUCUAGAAAAACAUAGCACAAGUUUUGGUGGAACUUUCAUAAACGUACCAAAGAAUAGAAUAAUUAUUAAUGUAGUAGGCAAAGUAAACAAAACUAUGAAGGAUAUCAUAAAGUCUACAGUGCGAUCUUAUAGACAUAGACCUAAAUUGGUUUAUAGAAAAGUAAACAAUUCCUUGGCAGCAUUAAGAUACACGUUUGAUCAAGUAUCAAAUCUAGCUGAAAGAUUUAAACCCUUGGAUAUUACUUGUUACAUUAAUAUAAAAUUAAAUUAUGUCGUUUUACAAUCAUUCCCAUCACAUGAUAAACAAAAUGGAAUGUUUUUUGAUGCCGUCAAACAAAUUAGACAAUACAACGAAACCAUACAUUUUAGUCGAUCUGAUGGUAUUCAAUCUUCUGAUAUUAAAGUAGAUAGUAUGAAGAUAGAUAAUAUAAACACAUCAAUCUUAGGCGGAGAUGGAUUAUAUAAUAAACAAGACCAUAGGACAUGUUCAUUGGGUUUAUGGGCUAAAUCAAAUGACUUAAAAUCCGAUUAUUUUGUAACUGCAGGACAUUGUUCUAACAGCAAUAAUACCUCGUUUUACUAUUAUCCAUGGAAUACAACUGGGCAUAGCACUUAUAUUGGGUAUAUGAGAUUUUGGAGAACUCACCCACUCGAUGUUGGUUUAAUCCUUAUAAAUAACGAUAAAAUUAUCAACUUUAUCAAUACAACAAUGAAUUCGACAAUAAUUAUAAGAAAUACUGAUUCUAAAAAAAAUAAAUUAUUGAUUUCUUAUAAUGACGUAGCUGUAUCCAGUCACGGUGCUCAUAUAUGUAAGUCUGGCCACACUACACAUGUUACUUGUGGACAUGUACUUGGAUUCAACGGAUUUUUUACAAAUUUGAAAAAAGAACUCAAGUCUCCAAUAACCUUUUCAACCGCGAUAUCUGGUCACGGUGACAGUGGAGGGACUGUAUUUUCUUAUAACCAAGAUUUCAAACAUGUGCACAUAAAUGGCAUACAUAUGACGGGUAAUCCCCAAGGAUAUUUGCCAGCAGAAAUAAUUGUUAGAAAUUUUAAUUUGAAGCUUAUGUGGAAUUACUUGUUAAAUUAA